AUGCGUCAUGGUUGCGCAUGGUCACGUGUUCGUGGGUCAUGUGAUCAGAGCGCGCUGUGUGUUGUGCUGCUGAAGAUGGCGUGCUGUGGAGGAUGUUUGUGUUGUCAGUGCUGUUGUAAUGAAGGAGAAACCAGAACACCAGAAGAGCUGACGAUACUGGGUGAAACCAGAGAAGAGGAUGAGGAGAUAUUACCCAGAAAAGACUAUGAGAGUUUGGAUUAUGACCGGUGUAUUAAUGAGCCAUAUUUGGAGGUAUUGGAGGGGUUGGAUAAUAAGAAAGCUGGCAGGUAUGAAGCCAUAAAGUGGAUUUUAGUCUUUGCAAUUGGAGUAUCAACAGGACUGACUGGCCUGUUUGUGGAUUUCUUUGUGCGUCUCUUCACUCAGAUUAAGUUCAGUUUGGUUGGAGGAUCUGUAGAGGAGUGCAGUGAAAACGGCUGUCUGGCUCUGUCUUUACUGGAGCUGCUCGCUCUCAAUAUGAUGUUCAUAUUCAUCUCCAGUGUUCUGGUGCUCAUUGAGCCUGUGGCGGCUGGGUCUGGUAUCCCAGAAAUUAAAAGUUACCUGAACGGAGUGAAGAUUCCAGGUAUUGUGCGGUUGCGGACGUUCAUGUGUAAGGUGACAGGAGUGCUGUUUGCUGUUGCUGGAGGGUUGUUUGUAGGUAAAGAGGGACCAAUGAUCCACAGUGGAGCGAUACUGGGGGCGGGGCUUCCUCAGUUUCAGAGCAUUACCUUCAAGAAGAUCCGCUUUCACAUUCCUUACUUCCGCAGUGACCGGGACAAGAGGGAUUUUGUCUCGGCAGGGGCAGCGGCCGGGGUGGCGGCUGCUUUUGGGGCACCAAUAGGAGGCACACUUUUCAGUCUGGAGGAGGGAUCGUCUUUUUGGAACCAAGCCCUCACAUGGAAAGUGUUGUUUUGCUCCAUGUCUGCCACGUUUACACUCAACUUCUUUCGUUCUGGGAUUAACUUCAGUAAAUGGGGUUCAUUCCAGCUGCCCGGCCUGCUUAACUUCGGAGAGUUUAAGUGUCAAGAUGGAGAUAAGACGUGUCAUUUGUGGACGGCAGUAGAUUUGGCUUUUUUUGUACUAAUGGGAGUGGCUGGAGGUCUGUUUGGUGCUCUCUUCAACUGCAUCAACCAACGCCUUGCAAAAUACCGCAUGAGAAACGUUCAUCCCAAAGCAAGAUUCAUCAGGGUGUUGGAGAGUCUCUUGGUCUGUAUGGUUACCACUCUUGUCAUCUUCAUGUCCUCAAUGACUCUCGGGGAGUGUCGAGAUUUAGUCUCCACUACAACUAAUACAACAUCACAGGGGUCUGUAAAUGAAGAGGACAACUCAACCAUACGCCGCUUCUUCUGCUAUAACAACACAUAUAAUGACAUGGCCACACUGUUCUUCAACCCUCAAGAGGUGGCCAUCCAUCAGCUCUUCCAUCAGAAUGCUACGUUCAGUCCGGUCACUCUCUCGCUCUUCUUUGUGUUGUAUUUUAUCUUGAGCUGUUGGACAUACGGCGUGUCCGUCCCCAGCGGUCUGUUUGUACCGUCUCUUCUCUGUGGAGCGUCACUCGGCCGCUUGGUGGCCAACAUCCUCAAAAUAAAUUUCCAUAUGCAAAUAUAUUCAGGCACAUUUGCUUUGAUUGGAGCAGCUGCUUUCCUGGGAGGUGUGGUCAGAAUGACAAUUAGCCUGACGGUCAUCCUGAUCGAAUCCACCAAUGAGAUCACUUAUGGACUUCCCAUUAUGAUAACACUGAUGGUGGCCAAGUGGACAGGAGAUUUCUUCAACAAGGGGAUUUAUGAUAUUCACAUUCACCUGAAAGGAGUCCCGCUGCUGGAGUGGGAAACUGAAGUGGAGAUGGACAAAUUGACAGCCAGUGAUAUUAUGGAGCCCAACCUGACGUACGUGUAUCCUCACACCCGUAUUCAGUCACUGGUGAGCAUCCUGAGGACGACGGUCUAUCACGCCUUUCCUGUCGUCACCGAGAACCGAGACAAUGAAAAGGACUUCAUGAAGGGAAACAUCCUCAUAAGCAACAAUAUCAAAUUCAAGAAAAGCAGCGUGUUGACCCGGGCGGGCGAGCAGAGGAGGAGGUGUCAGUCGAUGAAUUCAUACCCAUCUAGUGAACUCCGUAACGUUUGUGAUGAGCGCGUGAGCGAGGAGCCGGCCGAGGAGGGACAGGACAUCCUUCAGCAGAUGCUGGAGAGAAGAUAUGUGCCCUACCCGAAUCUGUACCCUGACCAGUCUCCCAGUGAAGAGUGGACCAUGGAGGAGAGGUUCCGCCCGCUGACCUUUCACGGGCUUAUCCUGCGCUCACAGCUGGUUAAUUUACUGAUCCGUGGUGUCUGCUAUGCCGAGAACCAGUCGAGUGCCUCUCAACCACGGCUCUCUUAUUCAGAGAUGACAGAGGACUACCCACGAUUCCCUGACAUUCACGAUCUUGACCUGGCCCUUCUUAAUCCACGCAUGAUUGUGGAUGUGACUCCGUACAUGAACCCCAGUCCAUAUACAGUAUCUCCAAACACGCGCGUCUCUCAGGUGUUUAAUCUCUUCAGGACUAUGGGUCUCAGACAUUUACCUGUGGUCAAUGCAGUAGGAGAGAUUGUGGGGAUAAUCACCAGACAUAAUCUCACUCAUGAGUUUUUAGUCGCUAAACUGCGACAGCACUACAUCACAAUCUGAUCUGAUGUCGUGAUGUCACAGAUCUCACACACACACACACACACACUCUCACACACACACACACACACGUAAGCCAUUCACAGUUAGGAUCUGGAUGAGUGAGGUUCAGUACCUCAUGAAUGAACUGCAUCCUCAUACUGACAUCAACCUCACUGCAGCACUUUUCAGUUAUAAAUGUUUUAUUUUACUGUGUCUGUGUAUUUUUGCACAAAGCGUGAUAUGAACCACUAUAGAAGAGGACAUUCCUGGAAAUUAGACAUUAAAGAAAUAUUAGUGGACCUCUUUGUUCAGAAACCAUCUAGAAAUCUGCAUAAAUUCAGAUUAUUUUAGGAUUGUUAUAUUACAGGAUGUCUGUAAUGACCUGUGGAUUUUUUUUUUAAGAUGCAUUGUCCUAAUCGUAGUGUUACGGGUUUAAUUUCCUUACAGGCGAGUCGUCAUUUCAAAAUCAUUAAGAGUAAAAAAAUGUAUUUAAUAUUUUGUUGUAAAUAAAACGAGGUCUAAUUAUUCUUUAUUCAACAUUUUCAUGAUAAUUAAUUUCAUUAUCUCCACAAAUGUUCUCCUUACUUAAUAAAUGUAUUUUUUUUAUUCUUUACAUUGAUUGCAGUAAUGAAAAUGAAAUGUUUUUGCGUUACAGUAAAGAGAUUUUUGCGAUUGAUAUCGGUUCAACUGUUAAAACAUCACAAUGCAAAAAAUCUUAAUAGUACUAAAAUUGGCUUUAUUUUCUUUAAGGAAAAUCUAGUUGUCAUUUUCUUUUGAUUGUAUUUUUAUUACUAGUGGCAUUAACGUUGACAUGAGGAUUAUUUACAUUCCCUGAAUAUUUCCUGAAGUUUAUCUGUAAUAAUAAACAUUUCCAAAAUCUGACUAAAUGGAUUUUGAGUACAGAGAUUUGUUAUACGCAGGCUUGUUUUUGUAAUGUUAAAUUCGGGUAUAGUUUGAUAUCAUAAUAGUUUUGGCUGUGUGGUUUCAGAGUAAAACAGUAUUAGCAGAAAUGAUGGCACAUUUGUACACUAAGAGUUCAUUAUAUUUCUUUUGUUCAUUUUUUAUUAUUAUUUGAUUAUUUAAGCAAUUUCACUGUGAUUUCUCAUGUACAGUAUAUGUUAAAACUGUUUUUAAUGUAAAAUACUUUGUUGCCUCUGUAUAUUGCAGUAUUUUUUACUUUAUUUUACUUUAUUUAAUUUUUUUAAUAUGUAUGUUCUCUAACAUACACUUUAUUGUUUUUGAGCUGAGCUUUUGUCGAUGUACCGUUUAAAAGCCUCAUGUAAGCAAACUUUAUAAUAUCAAACCUGUAUGUAAUCUGCUAUUCUGAAGGUUAUCCUUUAAAUGCAGUGUUUGAAUUAAAACACUUGUCUAAAUGAAGGACUUAAUUUAAUGAAUGUAUUGCCAUCAUUAAUGUUCUGCUUGGUUCUGUAAUAAGGGACACAAACAUUCAUUAAACAUGAUUUUAUUACAGAAAGAAUAAA